UGAGUUGCUCGAAUUGGAUGGAUUGUGGCUUUCAGGUGUCGGAUUUUCCGAGUUUCUCACAAUCCAUCCCUUCCCGUCAUCGUCUUCAACCAUACAGCUUCUUCUCAGGUACUCUCAACCGAGUUUGAUCCGAUACCUUCACAAUUGGGCAGAAGGAGGUUCAAUUUCGGCUCACCGAUUCAACUGCAAACUCAAACACAACGCAGCUUUUUUAUGGGUGAGGCCAAUAAAUCCACCUCCACCGCCGAGGAGGACUUGUUGCUCAAGACCUUCUUCGCCGAAGUUAGCGAAGUUGAAAGAGAUAACGAAGUUAUCAGGAUCUUGUCCUGCUUCAAAUUGAAUCCCUUCGAGUAUCUGAAGUUACCAUUUGAUGCAACUCCAGAAGAGGUGAAAAGACAAUAUCGUAAGUUAUCAUUGCUGGUUCACCCUGAUAAAUGUAAGCAUCCACAGUCGAAAGAAGCAUUUGCAGCAUUGGCAAAAGCACAGCAGCUAUUACUUGAUGAGCAGGAAAGGGGUUAUAUUCUUAGCCAAGUCAAUGCAGCAAAAGAAGAACUUCUAGCAAAGAGGAAGAAACAUUUGAAGAAAGAUACAGCUUCGAAAAUAAAAUCAUUGGUUGAAGAGGGAAAAUACGAGCAGCAGUAUGAGCGUACAGAAGAAUUCAAGCAAGAGUUAAAAUUGAAAGUUCGAGAAAUAUUAACAGAUCAAGAAUGGAGGAGAAGAAAGAUGCAGAUGAGGAUUUCUGAGGAAGAAGGAAGAUUGAAAAAAGAUGAAGAAGAAACAAAAGAAAUGUGGAAGAAAAAGCGUGAGCAUGAAGAGCAGUGGGAAGGAACAAGAGAACAAAGGGUUUCAAGCUGGAGAGAUUUUAUGAAGGGUGGAAAGAAGGCUAAGAAAGGAGAAACUCGACCACCAAAGCUGAAGACUGAGGACCCCAACAAAUCAUACGUGCAGCGGCCAGUAAAGCGAGGUUAAUUGGUUCUAUUUCAUAUAAAAUUUGCACUGCAUCCACUUCUAGGCUCCGGCGAAUUCUAGGGAGAUUGUGGUUGUAGGCUGACUCUAGUUUCAGAUCUUAUUAUUACUCGCUUGUAAACUACGCAGUUAGAAUGCCAAGUCUUAUUCAUACAAUAUCAUUGUAGCACUAAUGCUUUGUAGUUUGGUUUUGUGAUAUAAAUAGAGCAUUUUAAGAAUUGACUGUCA